AGGUUCAUGUAAGUUUAUAGCAGUUCAUAUGCAAACAGCUUCCCUGUACAGCUAGUACAUUUGCAAAGAGCAUUAAGCCUGCAAUCAAAUAUCUAAAAUGUGGAGCACACUUAAAUCUGGGAUGUGUGUUAGAGUACAUUAAGAAACGCUGCUUUUACUAAGUUCUUGGCAUUAUCAUAAGAGAUUUAGCACAGCCAAGGAUGGGGCAAGCUGAAUAGCCCUCAGAGGGGACUCAGACAUUUUGGAUCCUGACUCGUUUAACUUUGUUUACACAGUUGACUCCAUUCAUUCUCUGAAACAAGUCACUUCCCCUGUGGUGGCUGAUAAGAGUUUAGCAGCUUGUUGAGGUGGAGUGUCAGAGUCAUUAGUAUUAAACACAUUCCCAGCCACACCACUGGCCCCUGUGCACCGCUUGCACUGGAAGCUGUUUGGAAAAGAAGAAAUAGAGAUCUGUGAAGGGAAAUCAUGCAUCAUCCUCCUGGCUGGAAACCACUGAAGACUAUAAGCUGCUUUCAUCAUGUGGAUUCACCGGAGAAAUGACCUUCCUAGAUCAGCCAGGCCAAAUCAUAAACUGGUUUGUUUGCUCGCUGUGCACCCCAUGGGUGCUGAGGUUCUGCAGGGGUAGGCGUCCCAGGACCAGGAGGAAUCUGCUGCUGGGUGUAGCCUGUGUGCUAUACCUGGGGUUUCUGGUCAGUCAAGUGGGUCACAUUUUACCCCAGCACAGAGGGGGACGCCAGAAGAUCAGUUCCAGGAGUCUUCAAGAUGCUGGUCAGACACCUUUUCUGGGGAUCCCACUGGAUGGCACUUUGUCCCCACCUGAUCUCCAAGGGCCCCAGAUGGCUGGCAAUGGGACCUCAGUGCCACCCAACGUGGUAUACAUCACACUGCGGUCCAAGCGCAGUAAACCCACCAACAUCCGAGGCAGCGUGAAACCCAAGCUCAGGAAGAAGCAUGCAUUCCCUUUGCCCUAUGGGCAGCACUUUCCAGUAGGUGUCACUGGGCAGGAGGAGAACUUGUCCCAGCAGCAGGGGCGGACUAGCUACUCCAUGGGAAUAAUGAGGGCAGCAGUAGUUCCAGAGACACCAAGGCACCAACCGAAGAAGCACUGGGAUGGAGAGAGGGAGGCAGUGGGCAGGGGACACCGAAGGCAUAUUGGGGUUUCAGGAGGUGUAAAUGUGCAACCCCAGGCUCGGGAGAGUAAUAUCAGGAUAUACAGUGAGAGGUCCCCCUCUUGGCUGAGCAAAGAUGACAUCCUAAGCAUGCAUUUGCUGGCAGAUUCCCGGAUAGGCAGUAUCCGAGAAGCACCCUAUCAGCAUGGAGUCCUACUGGUGUUUGAGAGGAAUCCCAGUGCCACAGGAGCAGCUUGCAGUCAAGGGUACUGUGGCCUCAUCAAGAGACCCCUUGAUAUGAGCGAGGUGUUUGCCUUCCAUUUAGACAGGAUCUUGGGGCUGAACAAGACCUUGCCUUCUGUAAGCAGGAAAUCGGAGUUCAUCCAAGAUGGUCUGCCAUGUCCUGUUAUUCUCUGGGAUUCCUCAUUGGCUCCGACAAAUAAUAGGACCCAUUCUUCAGUGAGGCUAAAUUGGGGGGCCUAUCAGCAGCUAUUGAAACAGAAGUGCUGGCAGAAUGGCAAAGUGCCCAAAGCUGAUUGGGGCUGUACUGAGAUCCAUCACCAUGAGUGGUCCAAGAUGGCACUCUUUGAUUUUCUUCUGCAGAUCUACAAUCGACUGGACAGAAAUUGCUGUGGGUUCAAACCUCGCAAGGAGGAUUCCUGUGUUCAGAAAGGACUGAAGCUGAAAUGUGAAGAUCAAGAUUCUGUUGACCUGACACACAUUAUUCAGAGAAGGCAUGACCCUAGGCACUUGGUCUUUAUAGAUAAUAAAGGUUUCUUUGACAGAAGCGAAGACAAUCUGGAUUUCAAAAUAUUACAAGGAAUCAAAGAGUUCCCUGAAUCUGCAAUUUCAGUGCUGAAAAGCCAGCGCUUGCGAGAGAAGCUUCUUCAGUCUCUGUUCCUUGACAAAGUAUAUUGGGAGAGCCAAGGAGGUCGCCGAGGAAUUGAAAAACUUAUUGAUGUGGUAGAAAGGCGUGCCAAAAUUCUUCUUACCUAUAUAAAUGCACAUGGAGCCAAAGUAUCACCCAUGAGUGAAUGAAAGUCUUUUUUUCCCCUAAUGCUAAGAAUUACAGUUAUAUAAGGCAAGAGCUGAUGGCAAAAUUGCUUUUUCUUUUAAAAUUCUUUUAAUUUCCAAAACAUAACAGUAACCAGGUAAGCCUGGGUUUUUUAGACAUUUGAAAAAAAUGUUAUAUAGUAUAAAAGUGCCAGUUCUCUAACUUUCUCUAAAAUCAUUCUUAAAUGCAUUUAUUGCUGUGUUCUUCUAACAAAGAUGUCUAAGCAGUGUAAUAAACAAUGCAAUAAUUUAAUACAAAUAUUGGAUUCUCAAUCUUCUAAACUUUCUUUAUUCUCUCAGUUAAGGACAGAUCUGUCUCCAUUUGAUUCUUUUACAUGGUAUUUCAUAAUUAAGAGUGGGGUUUUCAAAAGCACUCAGCCUUGGACAGCUGCUCUUACCGAAGUCAAUGGAAGUUUUAACAUUGAUUUAAAUGGAAGCAAACUUAAGCCAAUGCUGAGCACUUUUGAUUGAAAGUCCCCGUCUCAAAGUAUAACCACACCUCUAAUAGAGAACAUUAAUUCAUGGAGUUGCAUUCUUUCUUUUUUGUUUCUUUAGAACACGCAAACUUCCAGUGUCUCCCAUGGCUGGUAUUUUUUGUAUUGCGUAUGUGAUAUUGUGAAAUCUAGGGACCAAAUUUAGCUCUUUGGCAAGCAAAUGGCCUUGUUGACACUUAAAACAGGUCAAAGAAAGAAUGUAAGUUUUGCCUGGAAACAAGAGUCCCAUGACACUUUGCAGUUAAGCUAACUUUAAGGAGUGAAAUUUUAUUAAGCGGUAAUCUUUAGCAUAUUUUGAAAUUGCUGCAACAGAUAUUUUAGUAACGUUAAACACAAAAGUGUGCAAGAGGUAUAAGAAAUAUCAUUACCUCAACAAAGGAAAUAAAUAAUAACUAACCAUAAGGUGUUGAGGUAGUUGGAACAUUACAAGGGAAUAAGGAACUUAGAAAAUAACCUGAGAUAGGAAGAAUGUACCAAAAGGAAUAAAUAGAUAAGGGUUGGAAUGAUAAACAAUAGAGUAAUAAGGAUAUAAUUACCCUAAGAAAUCAAGAGAAAAUAAGACCAUCUGGAGAUUGAACGCAGGCUGUCAGAGAGAACUACGGGCGUUGGGGAAGGUCUUCUGCAGUAAUUGGUAACUAUGCCUCUCUCUGUGUGUGCUGUCUUUACUACCUGUUACAUCAGUAAAUCCAAUCAAAGAUGAUUUAUUGGAGGUUUGUUAAUUAUUAAACUAAUCCAGAUUUGAAAGAACCCCUCUCAUUAAACAUAUAGACAUAAACAUAUAAUCAUAGUUAAAAUUUUUAUCAACUACUGGUAAUCAAUUAAUAAUUGAUCAAUAACCAGUUUUCAAUAGCCUGCUUAUGCUAGCACUUGGGAAGGACAAAUACAUGGUUUGAAUCCAACAGAAUAUAAUACGCCAAGAUUAAAAUUAUAAUGUUGUAACAAACAUGAGAAUGCCAAUGUUAGUGUGUGAAUAAACUCAUUUUUGAACAAUUCAGUUCAGACAAAUACUUCCUCCCUAAUGAUUUAUUUGGACCACAUCUGACUCUCUUUUUGUCCCCAGAUUGUCCAAAUUGGUCUACAGAUUGUUUUAUAUGCCAUUUUUUGAGUGUAAAAAAUAUUUGCCAUUUGAAUUGUUUGGUACUUAUGGAUCACAUGAUAGGCUCCUGUUCCCUGUUGGACUGAAUCCAACUCCAAGAAUCAGAUUUCCAGUGCAGCUAAUGGUGAUUAUAAAUUCAAUAUUAACUUUGUGUAUAUUCUGCUAUAUUAGAGUAAUGUUUUUGUUUCUGCAAACGUUCCUGGCAAUAAACUCAUUUUCUAGAAUUCUGACAGAAAGCAAACAUAGAAGGGGAAUGAAUGUUAAAAUUAGAACAGAAAAUGUUGUUUCUAGUAUUCUCUUAGCUCUAAAUGUAGCCUCUGGUGUUCCAUUAAGAAUGUCCACUGUUCUUCAAGAAGAUACUUUGUCGUUAGAUAUGGGACAAAUCAUAGAACAUCAAUGGCGCAUAUCCUCAACUGGUUUAAAUUGUUGUAGCUGUGUUGGCUUCAAAAAGCUAUGACAACUCACACCAGCGGAAGUAUUUCUGAAUAGAGGGGUAUUGGGAAAGUGAGACAUUAUCCACUAUUGAUCUUGAAUAAGACUUUUCCUAGUUCUUAAUGUGCUUCCAGAAAUAAAACAUAAAUCAGUGUUGAAUACCAUAAAAAUAUAGCUGCCUCCUAGUACUCAACAGACAUUCAAGACAUUUUUUUUUCUUUGGAAGUGAAAGAAGAUAGUGGGCAUGUUUCAUGUUUCUAUGCGUACCUAUCUCUGAUAAUGUAUGUGCAAUAAUAUUUUUCCAUUAUGAGAAAUUUAAAUACAGUUGUAUGGUUUUUUUAAUUAAAAAAGUUUUAAAUGA